AAGAAGUUUAGCCAAAACGACAUCAUCGUGGCAGUAUUCGCUUUCUUCCUUCCUUCCUUCUCUGCAAGCAUAUAGCUACGCAAAGCCUUCACACAGGGCGCUGAAAUCUCUCUCUCUCUCUCUAACGCCAUGGCUAUGGCUUAUCAUAGUGGAAUCGGGAUCUCCAAGGUCCUAUUCAUCGCCGUAACUGGUUACACCGGCACCGUCCUCCUCAAAAACGGCAAAUUAUCCGAUUUGAUCGGUGAUCUCCAGGCACUGGUGAAAGGAUUGGAAAAGUCCGGGGAUCAGGCUGAAGGUGAAGGAGAACAUGCAUCGGAUGCUAUUGCUGCUCAGAUUCGGCGUUUGGCUAAUGAAGUGAAGCAUUUAUCAUCAAACAGACAAACCAUAGUAAUGAAUGGAGGCUCAGGACAAAGUAGUAAUUUGUCAUCUCUUGUGGUUCCAGCAGCCACCUUGGGUGCUGUGGGUUAUGGUUACAUGUGGUUGAAGGGCGUUUCAUUCUCAGAUCUUAUGUACGUGACUAAACGCAACAUGGAAAAUGCUGUUGCAGAUUUGACAAAAAAGCUGCAGCAUGCCUCGGAUGUCAUUGCUGAUGCUAAGAAGCACUUGACCCAGAGAAUUCAAAUUUUGGAUGACAAAAUGCGCAAACAAUAUAAGAUGGCACAGUCAAUUAAGGAUGAUGUUAAUAAAGUUCAAGAUACUGUUACUACUAUACAUGAUGACUUGAGCGUCGUGCAACACACAGUGAAAAUGUUGGAUGGAAGGUUGAAUUCAGUACUUGAGAAUCAGGAAUUUGCAAAUAUGGGAUUGGACUAUAUUAUUGGCUUUAUAACGGCAAAUGCCCGGAGAGUGCCGGACUCUUUACAGGGAACUAUUCCAAAGGAACAACCAAAACUUCCAGGGAGGUCUACUAGUAUGCUCACAUAUCCAGGAUUUCAGGGUCUUAAAGACAUUGCAGAGUCAUUGUCUAGUUUAGACAGGUCAGCUUCAGAUACUAUUGUGCCGGGUGGUUUGGAUAAUCUGGAGAAGCAGCGAAGGCCGUUGUUGAGGGCUACUUCGACCAAGUGUUGAUGGCGUCUCAUACGAUGACUAUGUAGCUUUUAGGCGUUUCUUAAUUUUUACUUAUUCAGCAGUAACUUUUUGCCUGCAUAAAUCAUAAUAUACCUGCUAUUUUCUGUUGUGAUUUUCUUGUAUAUCUUUAUAAUUUCUACAUUGUAUCAAAUGAACAAACAGCUUUCUAUAUUCAAGCUAGUGAUUUUGGAUUAUAUGUUGUAAAGAAAAUUGAGCUGCCAACAGGAGUUUGGUUUGGUUCUACCUGUUUAUGCCAGUUGCUUUUGAAUGUGGCAUUUGGUUGUGACUUGUUAUACUUUAUGUUUUCCAAAA